CGAAAUAAUAAUGAUUACUAAAUAGUAAGUUAAAUCUUACGGUGUGGUCGAUUUGUGAGAAAUGGCCGAUCUUGAGGCUUGAAAAGGAGAAGAAAGGAAAAUUUGCAGAGAGAAUCCCGUAUCCGUCUGGUCCGCUUCAAGUUUCCGCGAAACCAAUUACAUCUGAUUGCAACAGUCACAGGUUUGAAUAACAGCAUCACUCUCCCCAUGGCUUCAGCUCCUUCUAAGCUAUAUGCAGAUGACGUAAGUCUCCUGGUGGUACUCUUAGAUACAAACCCUUUCUUCUGGAGCUCAUUCUCUCUCCCAUUCUCCAAGUUUCUCUCUCACGUACUUUCGUUUCUUAACUCAAUCUUACUCCUCAACCAAUUCAACCAAGUCGUGGUCAUUGCUACCGGGUGUAAUUCCUGCGACUAUAUCUAUGACUCUUCUUCGGCGACGAACACCGAUGCAGAAAGCGGAAGAAUGCCCGCUCUUUGCUCUGACUUGUUGCGGAAAUUGGAUGAGUUCGUCACCAGAGAUCAGCACUUGGGGGAGAAAGACUCUCUAGGACCGCCUACGUCUUCGCUCCUAUCGGGCUCCUUGUCCAUGGCUCUUUGUUAUAUACAGAAGGUUUUUCGUUCGGGACCACUGCAUCCACAGCCUCGAAUUUUAUGCUUGCAGGGAUCCACAGAUGGACCUGAGCAAUAUGUGGCGAUCAUGAAUGCAAUAUUCUCAGCUCAGCGUUCAAUGGUUCCUAUAGAUUCUUGUUUUAUGGGCUCUAACAAUUCUGCCUUCCUGCAGCAGGCUUCUUACAUAACUGGUGGUGUGUAUCAGAAGCCCCAACAAUUGGAUGGGCUCUUUCAGUAUCUCUCGACGGUUUUUGCAACUGAUUUGCAUUCUCGUACUUUCUUACGGCUUCCCAAGUCUGUUGGUGUUGACUUCCGUGCCUCGUGCUUUUGUCAUAAAAGAACAAUCGACAUGGGCUACAUAUGUUCUGUAUGCUUGUCCAUUUUUUGUAAGCAUCACAAGAAAUGUUCGACCUGUGGGUCAGUAUUUGGGCAGCCCCAGUCAGAUGUUCCCUCGGCAUCCAAUGUCAAGUGAACAACUCCGAAAACAUGAUCUUUACACACUGGGAAGUGUUGUGGUUUUAAUGAUUCAGUUUAGGUGAUUCUAGAUGCUCUUUUAUAUCGUACAGUUUAAUGUAACUGUGUCAUUGAAAUAGUAUGUUUGAUUUGCUUUACCCCCCCAAUGGUCUUAUAUCUGAGCUGUUUGAGAGCCAGAAAAUAACCUUUGCGGAGAAAAUCAAUUUUGGGCCGUAUAGGCCAUAUAGCUUUGGAAUGCAGCAUACCACAAAUUUAUUAUUUAUGGUCUAGGCUUGAGCAACGGUCAUGUAGCAUGUUACAUACUACUGUGCUAAAUGAGAGUAGUUGUACAGAAGAGGUGCUUGACGAUUUUAGAAUAUUGCUGUUUUAUUUUGA